AAACAAAAACACACAAACACUCUCUUGGGGAUCUUGGUUGCCAUGAGUCGUGCGUGCGUUGUAGAUGGAAUAGGCGAAACUGACUUGCCUUCGGAUUAUGCUUGGGUGGGACAAAAACCAGAAAGAGGAUGAAGAAAAUGCUUCGAGCAGUUCAAUAGCAUCGCAUACCAGGUAAACAUUCUUUACUCUUUCCAACUAAAUGAACUAGCUUUAUUUUUCUCAAACAAAUCAAAUGCUUCGUUUAAUUUGCAUAAAACUGCCCAAACAAUUGAAGCACAAAGCUUCAUCCCUUACCCAUGGCCACUUCUUCUCAACCUCCUCUGUCAAACCCAUCGCAGAACUCCCUAAUUCCAAGGACCCACAAUCUCUUACAGUCUCCUUCCUCCAAAACUCAUGUGGGUUGUCCUUGGAAUCAGCCAUUUCAGCUUCCCAGAAGCUCAACAUUGAGAACCUAAAGAACCCCAACUCAGUUCUUGACCUGUUGAGAACUCACGGUUUAACUCAGACCCACAUCAGAAAGUUAAUUAGCAGUCGUCCACGAUUGCUAUUGGCUGAUUUAGACAAUAUCCUUAAGCCCAACAUGGAGUUGUUUGAAUCCUUGGGGAUUUCUAGCACCAGCCUUGCCAAAAUGCUUAGCAACGCCAACAACCCACGUGUGCUUGAAAGUGAUGCAUACACUGUGGUUGAGUUCUUUAGAGCUCAUGGUUUCAGAAAUGAGCAAAUAUCAACUUUGACCGUGAAGCGUCCACUUUUGUAUUUAUUCAAUGCACAAAAGAUCUUAAAGCCAAAGUUGGAUUUUUUCAAAUCUUUGGGCUUUUCGGAUCUUGAAAUUGCAAAGCUUUUAUCCACGCAGCCUUCUAUUCUAGCAAGGAGCCUCGAAAAGCAAAUCAUUCCUUGUGUUCAAGAGCUUAGGAAGAUUCGUGGCACUGAUGAGAAUGUAUUAAAGGCUAUAAAGGCAGGCUACGGGAUACUUGAAGCGAAUGUAGAAAAAGUGCUCAAGCCCAAAAUGUCGAUGUUGAUAAGCCGUGGUGUGCCCCAGUCAUUAGCUUUGAAAAUGUUCUUUUUAGGACCAACAUCACUGCUCAUGUCCACUUAUCGGUUUAGUGAGAUUGUUAGUGAAGUUAUGAAAUUGGGUUUUGAUCCCAAUAUUCUGCAAUUUAUUGUAGCCAUCCGUUCCUUAGCAAUGAGUAAGACACUGUGGGAGCGAAAGGUGGAAGCUUAUAAAAGUUUUGGUUUGUCAAAGGAUGAGAUCUAUUCAGCAUUAAAAAGGCAGCCAUUGUUUAUGCGUGUUUCAGAGAAGAAGAUCCAGAAAUCGAUGGGUUUCUUUGUGAACAAACUGAAGAUGAAGCCUUCUCUAAUUUCCAAGAAUCCUAUUCUUAUACGGUAUAGCUUGGAGAAGAGAAUUAUUCCGAGGUGCUCAGUUCUGCAACUUUUGAUUUCAAAGAGGUUGAUCAAGGAAGAUACUAGCAUUUUUCAUGUGUUCGGAAUGAAUGAGAAUGAAUUUGUGGAGAAGUUAGUGAGCAAGUAUCAAAAUGAGGUCCCUGAUGUUGUUAGGGCGCACCAAGGGAAGAUAGAAUUUCAAGGGUUCCCCGUUGAUUUGAAACUGUGGGUAUUAUGAGUUCGUUGAAUGCCAAAAAGUCACGAGUUCAUUAUGUUGGCAGUGGGCCAUUUUCUUUAUCCAAGGAAUGCAACCAUGCAAUAAAUUCCAGAGUUUUUGCAACAGCUUCAUAUGGUUUAAUCCAUCUGCAUUACAGACAUACAGUUCAGGAGGGAGAAUGAUGUAAUUUGUAAAAGUAGUUCAAAUGUAAAGGCAUUCUAGGCUGUUCAAGAGUGGGAGUCCUUAUGAUCAGAUUUUAUCAUAUGUGACUUUUGAGUUUUCGUUCGACUUCCUUUCGGUGGUGGUAGUUGCUUUCGAGCGGGGAUUCGGGAAGGGUUGAUGAAUAUUGGAGUUGUUCUCCUCUAUGAGGUGAGGCAGACAAGUUUGAUGAUGGCAGACCUGCGUGCUUGCAUACUGGAAAACUUGCUUUCUUGGCAAUUUUAGUCUCUGGAGGGAUUGUAUUGCAAAUUUUGGCAUGCCAUAUUAAAGCAUGGUGGCAAUGGAGCUCUCAUCCUUUUUCAUAUUUGUAUUAGCUAUAAGGUGUUACAUUGGGAUGAAUUCUGAAAGAUGAUUUACAGUGUGCUUUGAGAUAUGGCUCUCCAGGUGCCUUGCUCUAUUUGUGUAAAAAAAGUAUCAGUCUUUUGACUCCUUUGUUUCAUGUUUUCUUGAGCUUUGCCUUUGUCGAUUUAGAGUGAUUUUUAUUUUUAUUUUAUUUUAAUGUUUUUUUGUCCA